GCACGCCCAGCUGCGGGCCCGGGCCCUGCUGCCCCGCCCAGGGCUCGAGAGGGCCCCGGCAGCCGCGCGCCCCGAGACACCAGCCGCAGCCUCGCGCCGCAUUCCCUGAGCGCCUAGCAUGAACCGCAAGAAGCUGCAGAAGUUGACGCACAACUUAGUUAAAAAUUGCAAACACUUUAAUAAACAUGAAGUGAGCUGUCUUGUAAAUCUUUUUUAUAACCUGGUGGGAGAUGUAGCAGAGCGGCCAGGGACAGUCAUUGGACUGGAUCGUAAUGCAUUUCGAAACAUCCUGCACAUGACAUUUGGAAUGACAGAUGACAUGAUUAUGGACAGAGUAUUCCGAGGUUUUGAUAAAGAUAACGAUGGCUGUGUAAGCGUAUCUGAGUGGAUUAAUGGAUUGUCACUGUUUCUUCGAGGAACUUUGGAAGAAAAAAUGAAAUAUUGCUUUGAAGUGUUUGACUUGAAUGGUGAUGGAUUCAUUUCAAAGGAGGAAAUGUUUCACAUGUUGAAGAACAGCCUUCUCAAACAGCCAUCUGAAGAAGAUCCUGACGAAGGAAUUAAAGAUUUGGUGGAAAUAACACUCAAGAAAAUGGACUGCGACCAUGAUGGGAAGCUCUCCUUCGCAGACUACGAACAGGCCGUCAGGGAGGAGACUCUUCUCUUGGAAGCCUUUGGACCGUGUUUACCUGACACAGAGUCUGUCCGUUUCACAGCUGAGUUUCCUGGAAGAGUUGUCUGCAUUUUUGGUAUACACUAAGGUUCAGCUUCUUCCCAUCCUCCCUGAACCUGCUAUUGUCCAGGUCGCCAGCCUCCUUCUAGCAAACUCGUGAACACGCUCAGGGUCCUUGUUCUGGGCCGAGUGUCCUCCGCAUGGCUCAGCCAGACCCCUGCUCCAGGGAGCCUUGCCCGCUGCCCUCCUGGGCUCUGUGCAUUCUGUCCUCCAGAUUCCCGGGGCCCGCAGGCACCAGUCCCCACUGCAGCACUCGCCACGCUGAACCGCUCUGGCCAGCUUCCUGACAGGCCUCGAUCCCCAUGCUGGAGACUCCUGAGGGCUGGGCCUGAGCAGUCCUGUUUAUCAUUGUGCCCCCAGAACCAAGCUCUGUGGGGGUGAAGAAUGCAUGGAAAUCUGAAGCUCUUGAUUCCCACACUUCUUUGGUUGGCCUGUCUCUCUUCACAAACUUAAAGGAGGCACGUGGAACAUUCUGUUUCGCUCUACCUUGUUUGGAAGUCUGUAUUUACUUCAGUGCUUUCAUUUUACAGAGCCAGAUGGAAUUUGAAGCCCAAGUAUUCAAAAACCCACAUGAAUUCAAUUAUGAUGUAUGAAUACCUAAAUGUCUGUGUUGUCUCAUGAGAAUAAAAAAAACAGGCGCAUGUAUAUUGUUUACUUUUUCUAGUUAACUGAGAAUGGUGUCACUGAAUUGUGUGCUUGGCUGGGGGUGGGAAUCACUAAUAUGUACCAUUUAAUUUUGGUAUAAGAUGCAAGUAAAACAGAUGGAAAACAAGAAAUUCCUC